UAACGCAUUUGACUAUCGCCCUCCCCGUUCCUCCAUGACCUACACCCCACCAUCAUAUUUAGUAAAGCAGCACAUCGGCGCCAUAAAUUGCUACGAUCGGCGGCGGCUCCUCCUCCUCUCGUUCUAUCAUAGACACACAGGUCUAAAAAAAAGACAAAAUGAAUGCUUACAAGGCUUACAAAGCAUGUGUUCCAAUAGCAUGGAGUCCCAACCUAUACAUUACUUUAGUCAGGGGAAUCCCGGGAACCCGAAGACUUCAUAGGCGCACACUUGAAGCGUUGCGGCUAGGAAAGUGUCAUCGAACUGUCAUGCGAUGGAAUACUCCUACUGUUCGAGGAAUGCUCCAACAGGUUAAAAGAUUGGUUGUUAUCGAGACUGAAGAAAUGUUUAAGGCACGUAAGGAAAAGGAAGCAAAGCAUCGUGCUAUCCGUCCACCUUUGGUUGUCGGCCAUCAUAUUCCUACCCCUCCUGCAAAAGAUUCGGCUCAACAGGCUGCUUAGUAUCUUCUUUUAGUGUGAUUUCCUUGGGUUUCCAAGGUGUGUUUAGAGCUAUCGUGGGAAAUGCAGUCCAGGUUCUUUUCUGAUAAAGCACCUAUUUAGUUAAGGUAUGCAUAAUAUGGAGGAAAACAUUUAGAUUUGAAAUGUUAUAGCGAUAGACCUAUUUAGAAUAUCUUUAGCAGGGAUUGAUCCGUUAUUUCAUUGUUCACUUAUGUAUGUUUAGCAGCGAAAUACUUUGUUCUUUUUGUUGGCAUAUCUAUAAGUGCUAAACUAAAAAGUAUGCGGCAUCUUCA